UUAAACAUGUUUAAAUUGUAGCUUUUCUCUUUGAAAAAUGACUUAAUCGUGCAGCUUAGUUGUGUAUCACGGGUAGGCUACUAGCUACCCAGUAAUUUUACAUCGAUGGGAGAGGCAGAAUUGCUAUUUUCAAUAUAAUUUAAGUUGAACAUGAUUACACUGAAGUUGCACAUGAUUUCCAAUCGGGUUUGUUUGUCUUACAUUAUGAAUCCUACAGGAAAUUGCUGACAAUUGAAGAUGCCAGACAUUUGUGCCGCCUACGGAUGCGUUAAUCUGCGAACUCUCGAAACGAGAACCCGUGGGAUCACCUUUCACCUGUUUCCCAAAGCCAGAGCGAUGCGGAUAAAGUGGGAAAUUGCCCUAAGAAGGGACGGUUUUGCUGCCUCUGACAGGGCACUGCUCUGCAGCGACCACUUCAGGAGGGAGGACUUUGACAGGAUGGGGCAGACUGUCCGGCUUAAAGAUGGUGUUGUGCCAACCCUUUUCAACUUUCCAGCUCAUCUUCAAAGGUCGGUAGCAACAAGAAGCACAACCACAGCUAAUAGAGCGGAAGACAACCCGGCAAUGGACUUGAAGCCUGAUGUUGGAGCUACUGGAGAGGGGAGAUUGAGCCGCAAGCGGCAGGCCACUGACGACCACUUCUAUGCAUUGCCUGCUUGCCCUACGGCUGUGAAGACCAAACUUGAAGAAGCCUCAGCGAGAGUGAGGAAACUGCAGCGGGAGAAGAUCAAUGGCUUCAGGAGAGAAAACAGGGCCAAAAACAACUAUCAGGCUGUUCUGGAGGAACUGAAGGAGAAAGAUCUCAUCAACGAAGAGCUGAAAGACAAGCUUGAAUUCUACUCAGAUCUUCCGGUUCAUCUCCUGUCGAGGCAGGGCGUAGAGUACACCAAGGCCCAGAGAGAUUUUGCCCUUACGCUCCAUCUGCAUGGUCCAAAGGCAUAUCACUACCUGAGAGAUACUCUGCACAUUCACCUGCCACAUCCCAGUUCAUUGCAAAGGUGGCUGAGCUCUCUUGAUGCCAGACCUGGUCUCAAUAAAAUGAUGUUGGACAUGCUGGAAAGACGACGUCGGGAAGAUGAGGUCAAAUACGGAAGUGUCACUCUGAUGCUGGAUGCCAUGUCCAUCAAAAAGCACGUCCAACAUGAUCCUCAGACACAAACAAUGUGUGGACAUGGGGGAUCGACUGAAUGAGACUGACAUAGCUUCCGAGGUUCUUGUGUUUAUGGUGGUUGGGCUUCAAGGUUAUUGGAAAGCUCCAAGUCCCUCACACCAGAAUCACAGAAAGUGUUAGUAGAACAUGCACUAGAAGAGCUGGAUCAUCGUCAAAUAAGGGUGGUGUGCAUGACAAUGGAUGGUCAUGCAACAAAUAUCUGUGUGUGCACCCAACUUGGGUACGAUUUAAAAGCAGACCCCUGUAAGCCCUUGAAGACCCAUUUCCCACAUCCAGUAUCCCAUGACAAUGUUUUUGUUGUGAUGGAUGCUUGCCACAUGCUGAAGCUGACACGCAAUAUGUUGCAGGCAUACAGCCCAAUUAGAAGCAUAACUGGCCGUAUCAAUUGGAAGUACAUAGUUCAGCUGAACAAUGUCCAAAAGAAAAGUGGACUACCUGCUGCCAACCGAGUCACAGAUAAGCAUGUGAACUUUGCUAAUCAGAAGAUGAAGGUCUCCCUGGCUGCUCAGACUUUGAGUAACUCUGUGGCAGUGGCACUCAGACUUUGAGUAACUCUGUGGCAGUGGCACUCAGACUUUGAGUAACUCUGUGGCAGGGGCGCUCCCGCCUUGCAGGACGUGGGCUAUGCAGAGUUCGAAGAUUGCGAGGCUACUUCUGAAUUAAUUAAGGUAAUGCAGCUAGGAUUUGCAUCAUUGACCAAAAACAUUUCCCAACAUUCUAGGCCUACUGUUAACUUCUUGGCAACAUUUGGGUGAUUAAUUGCUUUAACCCCUUUUAUCCCCUUUUAACACCCUCCCUCCCUUUGUAGGUGAUAUGUUGGUCAGCUAUCCCAAAGCGGAACAUUUUGGCAUCAGGAACGAUUCAAUAAUUAUGACCCUCCUCAAAUUCAACACUAUGCAAGAACUUGGUUAAAACUGUUUAUACCUACCUCAUACUUUC